AUGGCUCAGCUUCAAAUGGAACUUUUCUUAGUAACAUUGUACGACUUCAUGACACGUCGGGGUAGCCCCAUCACUUCACCACCAGUUAUCAACGGUAAGAAGGUGAACUUUUUCCUCCUUUAUGUCAUGUCUCAAAAGUUGGGUGGCCCCCAAGCCUUGAUAAAAGCGUUACAAAAGCUAGGCCUGGGACAAUCUCCAUGGACUGCUAUGGCCUAUAAGCUCGGUUUGUACGAAGGCUUAACUGAUCCUAAUGCCAAGGGUCGCGUGGAUAAGGAACUCGGUGGCUGCUAUGUUCAAUACCUAAUUCCCUUCGAACAGCAUAACUCCACUCCUGCUGGCCACAAAGAGAUCCAGGAGCGUAGG